AUGCAAGUGCCGAGAGGGUCUGCUGUUUUACAAAGAAUGCAAAAUAAAGAAGCUACAAUUUUUGAAGGAUGGAUGAACCAAAACCAGAAUCAAACUUCUUCUCCAGAUUGGUUGAUAAUAGCAAUGACAGUCUCAUGGACUAUAUGGAAUGAGCGCUGUGAAGUUAACUUUCAAAACAAAAAGGCCGAACCAUUGGCAGUGUCUAAGAGAGCUAUCAGUUUUGCAACAUAUACCAGUAAACUGAACUCACAAGAUCAGUUACACAACAUUAAUACCCAAAGAAAUUCUCCCCCAAAACCUGUGUGGAAACCACCACCAAAUCCAUAUCUUGUUAUAAACUGUGAUGCAUCUUAUGAUAGUAAUACUGGACUAACUGGGGUUUCUCUUGUUUUGCGUGAUUCUGCAAACACAUGGAGGGGAUGCUCUGCAAAAUUCUAUGCAGGAGUAAGCAAUCCAGAACAUGCAGAAUGCUUGGCGUUUUUCGAAGCUGUCAGCUGGAGCAAGGAGAUGCGGCAUACUCAUGUAGUUUUCGAGACUGAUCUACAGGCAAUUGAAACCUACAUCAACUCAGCAAAGCCAGUUAUAGCGUGGGAAAAUGAAAGCAUUCUAAUAGAUGUUUUAGACUGUCUUAAGUUUAUUCCCUUUUGGUUAUGUCGUUAUAUUCCUAGAGAUUGCAAUAAACCUGAUGAUGAAUUAGUCGAAUUCAGCAGGAAGUUUAGAGUCACUAGUUUGGCUUGA